AUGGAUGGUGAGAUGGAUGCACAAAGAAGUUAUUCAGUUGGUCGACGUGAUGAAAUUAGUAAUUCUUCGUGUGCUACAGUCACUUCAGCUAAUCGGGGGCCUUUAAAAUCAUCAUCUAGUACUACCUUACAACAGACAAUAUCAACUGAAUCAGUUCGACGAAAUUUCCCGCCAUCUGAUUACUAUCCAAUAAUACAUUUAAACAAACAGUCAAACAGUAUUAAUAAUAUUAGUAGCACUAGUAAUAUUAAUAAAGCACGCCCACAAUCAUCAAUUGACUAUACACCUGUUUGGUGUUUGGAUGAUACAAAACAGCCUGGAAAUCGACCAGUAAGUCAGUCAAAAGAUGGAACUGUGUCGUGUUAUCAUACAGAUGGCUGUCAACAGUAUUCUGCUUCUUCUUCUUCUUCUCUUCGUAAGCCUUCUGCAUAUCAGAUACCAUGGAAAGAGGAAAUAUCCAUUGAAAAAAAACUCCACAGACCAUCAAUUUAUCCAUACAAUAGUUCAACUGAUAAGUCAAUCUCAUUUACUAAACUACAUAACCCUGGAAAAUCAAAUACUCGUCUCCGACAAUCAAAUGAAUCUCUGUCAAGGAGUGCGUAUGGCCCAUAUAAUUCUAGAAGGAAAGUAGUCGCAUCUGCGACACAGUCUACUGCUUAUCUGCCUAUUUCUUGA